AUGGAAAUCGAGGGUAAUCCGCUUGGAAAUUCAAUUGAUGCAUGGAGACAUUGCAUCCGUGGGGAGAAUCAGUUUUUUAAAGAUCCUGAUGAUUUUAGGCAUAUGCUGAAAAACUAUUCUAUUGCUAAUAAUCGAUCAUUUAAGUACAUGAAAAAUGAUCAACAAAAGAUCAUAGCAGUAUGCAUUCACGAAAACUGCAAAUGGAGGGUUUAUGCAUCAUUGUACAAGUCAUAUAAGUUAUUUAGCAUUCGCAAGUGCAAUCUUGAGCACACUUGUGGUGAUGCUACUCUUCGUACAAGGGGUCAUCCUAAAGCCGAUGCUACAUGGAUUGCCCAAAUUAUGAAACGAAAAUUGAGAACGCAGCCAGCUUACACACCAUGUGGUAUGUUAGAAGAUAUCCGAGACGAUUAUGGUCUGGAGCUUCAGUACUACACAGCAUGGAGGGGUAAAGAAAAAGCAAUGCGUGAUAUCCAUGGUGAUGAGACGACAUGUUAUGAUAAACUGAGACGCUAUUGUCGUGCAUUAAAAAUGCAUAACCCUGGUAGCAUGGCAGAGUAUGAGAUUGAACCUGCUACUCAAAAGUUUAUUCGAAUAUUUAUUAGUUUUGGGAGUUCUAUUUCCGGCUUUCAUCGGUGUAGGCCGAUGAUAUGUUUGGAUGGGACUCACAUUAAAAAUAAGUACAAAGGAUGCUUGCUUUCUGCUGUGUGCAAGGAUCCAAAUGAUUCCUUGUAUACAUUGGCAUACGCAGUUGUUGAUGCUGAGAAUGAUAAAAACUGGGAGUGGUUUUGCAUUAAACUGAAACAAAUUCUAGAUCUUCACAAUGACAAUAGAUCUUUUACCAUUUUCUCUGAUCGUCAUUCGGGGCUUCUUAAAGCCGUCCCGUUGGUAUUUCCUAGUAGCCACCAUGCAUAUUGUUUGCGACACUUGGUGGAUAACUUUAGAACUCAGGUCCUGAGGAAGUACCCAUUGCACAACAAGUCAUAUUGGGCGAGUGUUUUACAUAAUGCUGCAUAUGCUCCUACUCGGCAGGAGUUCGAUGCAACUAUUUCUCGUAUAGUGCAAUCUAUGCCUCUCGCGGCAUCAUUUAUUUCGAAUUCUGAUCCAAAUCAUUGGGCGAAUGCCUAUUUUUCUGGAGAAAGAUGGGGAAUCGUGAACAAUAAUCAGGCAGAAAAUUGGAAUGGUUGGGUUAAAGAUGCCCGAUCUUUGCCUGUUCCAUCCAUGAUUGAUCACAUACGGAUCAAAAUAAUGGAGAUGCUAGUUAAACGACAAGGAAAAAGUUUGGCAAUGACUGAUCAAGUAGUACCGCUUUUGAGGUAUAUGAUGAGGACAAGUCGUAUAAGGUUGACUUGCAGCACAAGACUUGUUCUUGUAAAGCAUGGCAAUUAG